AUGGGUGUCCUCUUCUCGACACUUUUCGGAGGACUUUUCGGCUCCAAGGAGGUUCGAAUACUCAUCCUAGGUCUGGACAAUGCAGGCAAAACGACGAUAUUGUAUCGGCUUCAAGUGGAUGAUGUCGUAGAGACCAUACCAACCAUCGGCUUCAACGUAGAGACGAUACAAGUGAAAAAUGUGAAGCUACAGGUGUGGGACUUGGGUGGCCAGAGCAGCAUUCGGCCCUAUUGGCGGUGUUAUUACCCCAACACCAACGGUAUCGUUUACGUGGUGGACUCGGCUGAUCGAGACAGAUUAGAAGAUGCUCGGCGGGAAUUGAGCAAUUUGCUUGAAGAAGAGGAGCUCAAGGGUGUCGCCUUACUGGUAUUUGCUAAUAAGCAGGAUUUGCCGAACGCCAUGACCAGCGUGGAAGUCUCUGAGGGCCUUGGGCUCACUCAAAUUAGAUCUCGCCAAUGGGCGAUACAUCAAGCCAGUGCUGUACGAGGUGAUGGCAUCAAAGAAGGUUUAGACUGGUGCGAACUGCCUCCGUCUCUCGAAAAUGUUGGUGAAUGUUAUGUCGGCAUCGUGAUGCCCCCUCAAUGA